AUGGCAUCGGUCAACUCGAACCCCAGCAUGCAGCGAUGGCUCGCCCGACUUACGGACCUGCCCCAGCUCGUGCUGCCGACCGACUACGCGAGACCAUCCGGUGAAGCCAUGGUCGAGGCACGCGAGAAGCGCACCAUCGACGACCGCAUCGGCAAUGCACUCGUACGCCUCGCGCUCUAUGAUGAGCUAGGCGACGACUCGGACUCGGACUCGGACUCGGAACCGGAACCGGACCAGAGGCAGAGUCGGCAGAAUCAGCGCGAGGGAAUCGAUCAGACGCUUGCCGCUCGAGGUGCUCGGGACCACCGUCGACAGAGCAACACUCCGACGCCAUUCCACCUGUUGCUCGCGUCCUUCGUCGUGCUGCUGCAUCGCUUCACGGGGGAGAACGACCUCGUCAUCGCGACCUCGUCUCCGUCCUCGCCCGAUCCGCUGCUCCUGCGCAUCAAGCUCGAGCCGAGUGACUCGUUCUGGUCACUCGUCAAGCGCGUGCAAUGGCUCGAACAGGACGCCGAGAACGACAAGGUCCCGUACGAGAAGCUGCUCGAAGCGCUCGGCCGCGGCAAGAGUAGCGAGGCAGAGCGCGGACAGCGACAGGACGGUCCUCCCGAGGCGCCUCUGUUCAGGGUCCGCUUCUUCGACGAGACCGACGAGACCGAGACCUCGUUCGUGCAGCAGACUUCGCUCACGUCCGAUCUGACCGUCUUCGUCACUUCGACCGCCCACGACUCUCUCUUGGCAGCCGCGGCGGGAUCGUCGCUGACGCCCUCUGCCUCUGCCUCGGGUACGGCCACGCCGACCUCGUUGAGGACCUCGCUCCGGGCACCGACUGUCGCGCUCACGCUCUCGUACAACUCGCUCGUGUUCUCUCAACCGCGUAUGGCGACCAUGCUCGACCAGCUGCUUCAUCUCGUACACCACGCCGCCGCACAUCCCCUCGACGCGAUCGGAUCCAUCUCGCUGUUGACCCACAAGCAGCGCAAAGUCUUGCCCGACCCUCGUGCCGAUCUCGAAUGGACCGGCUACCGGGGUGCCAUCACCGAUAUUUUCAGUCGCAACGCCCGAGUAUUCCCCGACCGAACCUGUAUCGUCGAAUCCUUGAGUCCCACCGCCGUCGGAGGUGCGAACAGGCUGCGCAGCUUCACUUACCAGCAGAUCGACGAGGCGUCCAACGUGCUCGCUCAUCACCUUGUCGCUUCGGGCGUGGAGAGGGAAGAAGUCAUCACCGUCUAUUCGACUCGAGGCGUCGACCUCGUUGUCGCCGUUAUGGGCGUACUCAAGGCAGGCGCCACUUUUAGCGUCAUCGACCCCGCCUAUCCACCCGCGCGUCAGAUCAUCUACCUUCAGGUCGCUCAGCCUCGGGCUUUGGUCAUUCUCGCCGCUGCGGGAUCGCUGCCGCCGCCCGUGCGCAAAUACGUGUCCGAGUCUUUAAAGAUCCGCGUCGAGGUCCCCGCAAUGCAGCUCUUGGCGUCCAGCUUUUUGCUGGGAUCUGCUGCGACCGAGGGCGAACCUGAUGCUCUGGACGGUGUUCGAUCCAAGGCGGGGCAGGCUUUGAACAUCCCCUUGGGUCCGGACUCGAUCGGGACAUUGUCCUUCACGAGUGGUUCGACGGGUGUUCCCAAGGGUGUGCGAGGACGUCAUUUCAGUUUGACUCAUUUCUUCCCUUGGAUGAGCAAGACCUUUGGCCUGAGCGAAACAAGUCGUUUCACCAUGCUGAGUGGAAUAGCUCACGAUCCGAUCCAAAGGGAUAGUAAGUUUGAAUACGAACUGUUGCGUGUCUACAAGCUAUAUAUGUCGCGUUGGAAUGGUUCUGACUUCCUGACCUCCUCCCACAGUCUUCACGCCGUUGUUCUUGGGCGCCGAGCUGCACAUCCCUACUGCCGAGGACAUUGGAACUCCCGGACGGCUGGCCGAAUGGAUGGCCGAUAGCAAAGUCACCAUCACUCAUCUCACCCCAGGUCAUUUCUUUUCGACUUGAAAAAUCUCACCUCGUGCUCGCAUAAGGCUGAACCGUGUCUUUGCUAUUACGUACAGCCAUGGGCCAACUGCUCUCCGCUCAGGCGACCCGCUCGAUCCCUAGCUUGCUCAACGCAUUCUUCGUCGGCGACGUCCUGACCAAGCGAGACUGUACUCGCCUUCAGCAACUUGCGAACAAUGUGCGCAUCAUCAACAUGUUUGGUACGACCGAGACGCAGCGUGCCGUAUCCUACUUCGCCAUCCCUUCCCUCUCCACGGAUCCCACGUUCCUCAAAUUGAGGAAGGACAUCAUGCCCGCUGGCCAAGGAAUGAUCAACGUCCAGUUGUUGGUCGUCAACCGCAACGACAAGAACCAAAUUUGCGCCGUCGGCGAAGUCGGCGAGAUUUACGUUCGCUCCGGUGGGCUAGCGGAAGGCUACUUGCAGUUGCCCGAGUCGACGACGGAGAAGUUUGUCGCGAACUGGUUCGGCACCGGGGUCGAACGCGAGGAUCGGAUUCAAUCGGGCGACGAGGCGUGGAAGCCUUACUGGAAAGGAAUGAGGGAUAGGAUGUACAGGAGCGGAGAUUUGGGCAGGUACAACCCCGAUGGUACGGUCGAGUGCACAGGUCGCGCCGAUGAUCAGAUCAAGAUCCGUGGCUUUAGGAUCGAGUUGGGAGAGAUCGACACCCAUCUGAGUCGACACCCCGCCGUGAGGGAGAACGUCACGCUCGUUCGAAGGGACAAGUACGAGGAAAAGGUCCUCGUGGCAUACUUUGUGCCAUUGAUGGGCAGCAAGGAACUGGAAGGAUUGGUCAGCGGAGGCGAAGACGACGGCGCUGGUCCCGAUGAAGGGGCCAAGGUCACCGCAAGUGAAGUCGCGAAAGGCUUGACAAAGUACAGGAGGUUGAUCAAGGACAUUAGGGACUACCUCAAGACCAAGUUGCCGAGUUAUUCGAUUCCGACUGGUGCGUUUCGCUGGUCCAACAGGAUCAGCAGAUCUCCGGAAACAAACUGACAAAGGCUUUGCUGCUUUCCCCAGUGUUCGUCCCGUUGACGCGCAUGCCCCUUAACCCAAACGGCAAAGUCGACAAGCCGGCUCUGCCCUUCCCGGACACUGUUGCCGCGGCCGCCGCUACGACAACGACCCACGCCGCCCCGGGCUCGGCGCCGACGCUAAGCGUGACCGAGAGAGCGAUCCACGACAUCUGGCUCAAACUAUUGCCAUCGCCCCCGGCUCAGAUCCCGACGGACGAAAGCUUCUUCGAUCUAGGUGGCCACUCGAUCUUGGCCACGAGGCUCAUCUUCGAGUUGAGGACAACGCUCGCUAUCGGUGCGCCUUUGGGGAUCGUGUUCGACCAUCCCACCAUUGCUGGCUUGGCGAAGGAGUUGGACCGCUUGAGGGACUCGGACUUGGGCCUCGCCAGUGGUGAGCGAUCGGCCAAGUCGGGCUCGACGUCGAAUGCGAAUGAUGAUGAGUACGCGGAGGACGCGGAUAAACUCAUGGCACGAUUACAGGCCAAGUACGAGAAACCGCAAGAGGUAGAGGGGCCAAAGACCGUCUUCCUGACGGGCGCGACGGGGUUCUUGGGCGCCUUUAUCCUCAAGGACCUACUUGUUCAUCGUCAGAGCCAGGUCAAGAAGGUCAUCUGCCACGUGCGUGCUAAGUCGCCCGAAGCCGCUCUUCAGAGGUUGAGGGAAAGCGGUCAGGGCCGUGAUGCCUGGGACGAAGCUUGGGUUGAAAAGGGUCGGGUGGAAGCGGUCACUGGCGAUCUAGAAGCCGAUAAGCUAGGGAUGAGCGAGCAGGAAUGGGACAGAGCUGCUCAGGAAGCUGAUGUCGUCAUUCAUAACGGUGCCUUAGUGAGUUUUCCUUUCACGCUUGGGUCGUCAUUUGCUCGCCGCAGUAGUGGACGCACGCCUGACGACGCUGCUUUGCUCAAAAUAUCAGGUCCACUGGAUUUACCCUUACACCAAGCUUCGAGCGGCGAACGUUCUCGCUACGUUAGCAGUUCUUGAUCUUGCCGCUGCGACUCGGCCCAAGGUCAUUUCGUUUGUCUCGACGACGGCCGUGAUUGAAAAGGGUCACUAUGUCCGCCUCGGCGAUUCCCUCGUUCAACAAGGAAGUAAGGGUGUGCCUGAAUCGGACCCGCUCGAUGCCGGCAAGGAAGGCCUCAAGGGUGGUUACGGUCAAUCGAAAUGGGUUUCCGAGCGGUUGAUCCUCGAAGCUGGUCGCCGCGGCUUGGCGGGCGCGAUUGUUCGCCCCGCUUACGUUGUUGGUGAUUCGACGUCAGCGGUGACCAACACCGACGAUUUCCUGUGGCGGCUCGUCAAGGGGUGUAUCCAACUGGGCCACAUCCCUGAUAUCCACAACUCGAUCAACAUGACGCCCGUCGAUCACGUUGCUCGCAUUACCGCUGUUUCAGCCCUUCAAUCCCCUUCAGAACCUCUGCGCGUUCAUCAAGUUUCGGCACGCCCCCCACCCCGGUUCAACCAAUUUCUCUCGGCGUUGCAGCGGUACGGGUAUCAGGUCAAGAAGACAGAAUAUCUACCCUGGAGGACGCUCUUGGAGCAGCACGUGCUCAAGUCGCAGGACAACGCCCUGUUCCCCCUGCUGCACUUCGUCUUGGACGACUUGCCCACGAGCACCAAAGCCGCCGAGAUAGACGAUUCGAACACGAUCGCGUUGCUGAAAAAAGCCGGGGAGGUCGAGACGAUGACUGUCGAUGAUGGGUUGGUAGGCUUGUAUCUGGCUUGGUUGGUCGCCGCGGGCUUCUUGGAAGCUCCGGCUGUGCCGGCGUCAGAGGGGAAGAACGUCUUGGCCUUGCCGGCGUUGAGGUCGGGUCAAAUCGCGAAAGCGAUUGGUCGUUCUUCGGGCCAUGCGACUUGA